AUGACGGCCUUCACUUUGCUGGCUUGCCUGCACUGUCUAUUACCUUUUGUUUCUCCUGCAAGAAACAUUUCGCUCAAGUGCAAGCAAGACACUGACAAAUUCCUUUCUGAUCUGAAUUCACUGAAGCCCAAAGAAUAUGCUCUGAGAAUGUAUGACUCGGUGGGGAAGCUUGGAAGCAACGUUCUCAAUGGCAACGUGGACAGGCUGGGAUCCUACAGUGAGUGCCUUUCCACUCAGGGCCCCGAGGGGAGUUUCCGGGGACAGUACUGCAAGCUUCACGUACUGCAGGAUGGAGCAGACUAUAGUGUGGGUGUGUGUGUCCCCGAUUCUUGUGCGGAAGAGGAUGUGACCAUGAUGUCUCAGCUGGAUGUUCUGCAGUUCAGAAAUACCUCAUUCUUGGCACCUUCCCUCUCCCUCUUUACAAGAAACUCUUCCUCCUCAUCUCGUGAAAGUGUGGCCAGAUGUGCUGCUGGGGUGUUGAGGCUGGACACGCUUGCUUCUGUGUGUCUGUUUAUCACCUUGCUGGGCCUUGUCCUUCCUGUAACUGGAACUGUUUACAUGGUGGCCAGGGGCUGGGGCUUGGACCUCAGGCCAUCCUCUGCACGUGGGGCUCCUCCUACAGCUUGUGAGAGUCUGCCUUUGAGAAACAUGCAGAGCAAUGGGCAAAGAAACAGGAGCCCACAGACCAACUGCCAAGCUCAGCUCUCCCCACCAGGAUGCCUGAGCAGAGGGAAAAGGUUUCUAGGAGCCGUGGAUGGAGUUCUGCAGUGCUUUUCUUGGCAGAAGAACAUGCCAGCCAUCUGCACUCCAGAGCUGCCAGGAAGCACCUGCCAGACACUGAAUGGGAUCCGUGUCCUGAGCCUCCUCUGGAUUGUCUCGGGACACACCAGUCAGAUGACCGCUUGGCUAUCUUUGGAUAAUGUGCUUGAGUGGAAAGCCAGAGUGCCCAGGAACCCGCUGUACCUCUACUCUCGGAGCGGCCCAUUCUAUCUCGGAGUGGACACAUUUUUCCUGAUCAGUGGUUGGCUAAGUGCAAGAUCAUUUUUAAAGAUGCAGCACAACACCAGUGCAGGAAUAACCCCUAAAGUCAUUCUCAGAUACUUUCUCAAACGCUUUACAAGGUUGCAGCUUCUCCACCUGUACUCGGUGUGCUUGCUGGUUGGACUCUUCUCUUUCAUACCCUGGGGACCUGUCUGGGAAGUGGCCCAGUUCCACGGGGAUAACUGCCGGCAAGUUUGGUGGACAAAUCUGCUGUUGCUGAAUAACUUCGUGUCUGUUCAGAACGCUUGCAAUGGCUGGACUUGGUACCUUGCCUGUGACUUCCAGUUCCACCUCAUGAUGCCGCUGAUCUUCUUCGUCCAUGGAAAAAGUAAACGCGUCCUUGUCCUCUUCGGGGCUCUGCUGUUCCUGGCAUCUUUCACUGCCACUGCUCUGCUCACACUGGCUUACAAACUUCCAGUUGCAUCUCCGUCAGCAGCCAGUGAAGAUGAAACCUUACUGUAUUUCUCAGAGUAUUACACCAAGCCCUACUGCCGGUGCGGCCCAUUCCUUGUGGGCCUCUUCCUGAGCAUGUUCAUGCAUUCAGACUGCCCUGCAAACAUCCUCAAAUCUACGGUACAGGCCAUGCUGGGCUGGACCUUCUCUCUGCUGACUCUGUUUGUAGUUGUCGCCCUGGCAUAUAUCAUGGAUGACAGCUCUCCCACCUCUUCCAUGGCUGCUGCCAUCUACCAGGCCCUCCAUCGGACCCUAUGGGCGGCAGCUGUGGGCUGGGUCAUUUUUGCCUGUCAGGAAGGCUAUGGAGGACUGGUGAAGCGUGGGCUUUCUUGUGGCCUCUGGAGUCUCCCAGCCAGCAUCAGCUAUGCCUGCUACCUCCUCCAUCCCACUGUGAUCAUUCUUUAUAACGGACUGCAGGAGACCCUGAUUCACUACACCGACACCAAUAUGUUCUAUCUUUUUUCUGGACACUGUGUGCUGACCUUCCUCUGUGGCCUGGCCCUGACCUUGUUCAUCGAACGGCCAUGGCAGGAACUGAAGUGGGGCCUGUGGAGACCAGUGUCUGAUGGACCAUGAGCGUUCCAACUGAAACCCAAGAGAACCACAGGCCCUCUGGUGGUGACACACAGAGGCAGGGCCUCCUCUGGGGUGUAGUGAACACCUGUGGUCCUUAGAUGAGAUCUGAUUUUGUGAACAUUUACUGCUACAAUGU